UCAGCAAAGUUCAGACUUCAGACAGAGCGUUCGUGUUCUUGUUGUCAGUCUGAGAAUGAUCAAUGAUCGUGAAGUAAUAGCCCGUUCGAAUUGUAUUUAGUUUUUGUAUUUCGGUAACACGUUUCUCGAUACGGCAUCAAAAUGAUGAUGGACUAUUUUGUGACGAACAAUUCCUUAGCACCCGCACCCAUGGGGAUACAAAGUACCGCGGGUGCUGUGCCCGUGAAGAAUGAUAAAGGAGAGUUGUCUAUGAAGAAGGUGAAGGUACAUCGUUAUGUUUCUGGUAAGCGACCAGAUUACGCAGCAGUAAGUUCAGAUGAGGAAUCAGAGGACGAGGAUUUUCUCGAGAAGCGUGUGCAGAAGGGUUACGACGAUGACGUUGGCACAGAUGUUACUUUGCACCCGCAUACAAGAGGUAGGGACGAGGAUGAUCCGCGUUUGCGAAGAUUAACGCGCCAACAAAGGGAAGUACCAACCGAGGUACGCGCGGAGAGGCACAGACAUAUUCACGAGCCCGAACUUAUCGAGAUCGAGUUAGAGAGAACACGAGAAAGAAUCAAGUUGGAAAGUUCUGAUUCAUCCGAGGAUGAGGAACUAUCGGAUUCGGAGAUAGAGAAACGACGAGAGGCCCUAAAGCAGCGCGUAUUGUCCAGGAAGGAAACGGAGGAGGAAUUAAUACAAGGAGAGGAAGAAGAUAGAUCAGGAGAAAGCUCAGAAGAGAGCUCAGAAUAUGAAGAGUAUACAGAUUCCGAGGAGGAGACUGGACCGCGAUUAAAACCUGUGUUCGUUCGCAAAAAGGAUAGAAUCACGGUGAUGGAAAAAGAGAAAGAAGCGAUGCGGCAGAAACAAGCGGAAACCGAGGCAAAGAAAGCAGCCGAGGAACGAAAGAGGCAAACUCUGAGAAUGGUAGAAGAGUCAGUGCGAAAAGAGACACAGAUGAACAAUAAAGGUAACAUCGAGCAGGAAAGUAAGCUGAACGAUGUUUGUACUGAUGACGAGAAUGACGAAGUAGAAUACGAAGCUUGGAAGCUGCGCGAGCUUAAAAGGAUCAAACGUGAUCGUGAAGAGAGGGAGCAGCUUGAGAAGGAACGUCUAGAGAUCGAGCGUAUUCGUAAUAUGACUGAGGAGGAACGAAGGCAGGAGGCACGACUGAAUCCUAAGAUGAUCACCAAUAAAGCGGCCAAAGGAAAGUACAAAUUCCUGCAGAAAUAUUAUCAUCGUGGCGCAUUCUACUUGGACAAGGACGACUCUAUAUUUAAGCGCGACUUCUCUGGUGCGACUUUAGAGGAUCAUUUCGACAAGACGAUUUUACCAAAAGUCAUGCAGGUGAAGAACUUUGGCCGCAGCGGAAGAACCAAAUACACUCACUUGGUGGAUCAGGACACGACGCAGUUUGAUUCACCUUGGAUAUCAGAGACAGCUCAAAAUCUCAAAUUCCACAAUAAUCAAGCGGCAGGGAUGAAGCAAAUAUUUGAUCGACCUUCCUUGAAAAAGAGGAAAGCUGAGAAUUAAGUAGU